AUGCAGUCCCCCAGGAUGGCAGGGAAGAAGCGAGGGAGACCCCCACUGCAGCCAGCCCCCAUCAAAAUGGCUGUUCACAACCUCUUCUCAGCACCAGCUGGUGCUCUGCCAGUCGUGAAGAUCCCAAAGAAGAGAGGGAGAAAACCUGGGCACAAGCUGAAAUCUCGUGUGCUGAUGACUCCUUUAGCAAUCUCUCCGCCGAGAAGCACGCCAGAGCCCGAUAUUAGUUCAAUCCCCCAGGAUGCAGCUACGGUUCCCGACUCGGACACCCCACAGGCUCUCACAGUCUGUAUUUAUGUCAACAAACAAGCGAACCUGGGGCCGUACCUCGACAGAAAAAAGGUGCAGCAGCUGCCAGAGCACUUUGGCCCGGAGCGGCCGGCGGUGGCCCUGCAGCAAGCAGUGCAAGCCUGCAUCGACUGUGCACUGCAGCAGAAGGUGGUCUUCUCCCUCAUCAGGCAGGGCUAUGGAGGCGAGAUGGUGUCAGUUUCAGCUUCUUUUGAGGGGAAGCAGCAUUUCCAGAGCCUGCUGGUGGUGAACAGCAUCGGGUAUGUCCUGCGCUUCCUGAAGAAGCUGUGUCGCAGCCUGCUGUGUGACAAUCUCUUCAGCAACCAGCCUUUCCAGCAGCACAGUGCUGUGACAGACAGCCCAGAGGGGUAUGAAAACAGACAGAUGGAGGCAGAGACAGUUAUACCUGAGGACUACCUGGCUGAUGCUCCAAACAGGAAGCAGUACAGUGUGGAUCCUGCCGACGCUGCCUUGGGCUCCAUGGGCUCCGUGUGCACCGUGCGGCAGAGUCCUGCAGAUGGACACCCUGCUGGAGGCUCCUCUUCCUCCUGCAGCCAUCGUCCUGCCCAGGUGUCUUCAGGGGGGUCCUCAUCUACUGCCCUGCGGCAUCACACCUCCAGCCCAACAAGGAAUGGGGCCUAUCUUGAAGGAAACACAAGUGCCUCAAGUCCUUCACCUGAACGACAAGAUGCAGCUCGGCCAUCAAGCAAGAAUCCUUUGACCUGGACGGUGGAUGAUGUGGUUUGGUUUGUGAAGGAUGCAGACCCUCAAGCUUUAGGCCCUCACGUGGAGCUCUUCAGAAAACAUGAAAUUGAUGGCAAUGCUUUGUUACUGCUGAAAAGCGACAUGAUCAUGAAAUACCUGGGGCUGAAGUUGGGACCGGCACUGAAACUGUGUUACCACAUUGAUAAGCUCAAGCAAGCCAAGUUCUAA